ACGCGGCUCCUCCUCUUCCUCCGAAGCCGCCUCCUUCUGACGUUUCCGGGCGGCGAUCGGUAGACAAAGAGGAGCGGCGCCGGUAAUCCGCUGGAGCCGACGGGGGUCGCUGGUUAGCAGCAUCUUUCAGGGACGCCCUUUUCCUGCAUCCGGAAUGCCUCUCAAGACCCCUCAGAGCUCCACCUCAGGUUCCCCUGAGCAGGGGGAUGUCUCCGUGGUUGUCAUAGGCAAGCCCGGUGUGGGCAAGUCCGCCUUCCUGAACGCCGUGCGAGGGAUGACAGAAGGGGAUGUUGGAUCCGCGCCCGUGGGUGCCCUACCUAAACCGGGGGGUCCCGUCAUGUACCCCGAUCCCUCCCACCCCAACUUACUGAUAUGGGAGUUGGAACUGGAGGGCGAAGGACAAGCGGAGCGAUGGCUAGGGGAGGCGGACGUGUUUGUCAUGGUGACGGAUGGCAAGUUCGAUGAGGUCCACGCCCGCCUUGCCGGGGAGGUCCGAGUGGCUGGCAAGAAAGUCUAUUUUGCCCGGACCAAGGCCGACCUGGAGGUGCACACCCUCAAGCGGCUGAUGGGCGAACGCUACGACCGGUCGGAGGUACUCAACGCUCUGCGGGGCGUCUGUGCUGAGUCUCUCGGGGCCCACGGCCUCGGGGAGCCCUUUGUGUUCCUGAUCUCCGCGUUUGAGCCCUACGCGCUGGACUGCCCCCAACUGCGAGAAACACUGCUGAAAGAUGUAGAAAUAUACGAGAGGGUCCUGAAACCUGCCCGCGUAGGCUUUGAACUGAUCACUGAGAAGGAGCUUGCCGAGAUCCAGGAGGCCUAUGAGCUGGGAGGUCUUUCUGAGGUGGUGACGCGUAUCCAGUGCAGCCUGGAGACCAUCUGGAACGCCCAGCUUGAUAUUGCUGUCACUGGAGAGUCCGGUGCCGGCAAAUCCACAUUCGUCAAUGCCUUGAGGGGCUUGGGUGAUGAGGAUGAGGGGGCGGCCGAGACAGGUGGGAACUUUGCCAGGAAGAGUCAUUCAUCUUUCAGCAGAAUCAAUCCCAACCGCCUGAAAUGCCACAAGUGCCUGAACAGGCAAGGAAACUGCUCAGAUACCGAAGUGGAGGCUUGCCUGCCAGGACAGGACUCCUGCUUCUUUGAGAUCAAGAGGUUCAUUGGACUGGAGGCAGACACCGUGAAACAGGGCUGCGGUACUUCGAACUACUGCCGUCGGUAUCCUGGAGGGCAUGAAGGUUCCUUGUUCCGGAGGAUGCACUGUUGUUCCACAGAUCUCUGCUUACCUGUGAAUUAUCACGACAGCAGAGAAGGAUCCGGAAACGGCGUGGAAUGUCAGAGCUGUAUCGGGAGUGCGGCUGAAUGCGGCCCGAAUGCUCCCACGGAGCCAUGCGUCGGGAAGCAGGACAGAUGUGUGCAAAUAUCGCAGCGUUUCCUGCCAGGAAAAGGGUUAGAACCCAUUAUCAAGGGGUGUGGAACCGAUUCCGUUAAGGACGUGCAGGUGGUGUACCAGAUCGGGGCCAACUUGGCUUACGUUGAUCAAAAAGUCUGCAAGGGAUCAAACUGUAACGACGGGACUUUCCAAGACAUCUCUGCCGGAGAUCCAAAUGGAUUGCGGUGCUAUACUUGCCGUGAAACGGGGCUCGGGGAGUGCGCCCGUAACAGAUUGCAGCUCUUGGACUGUACGGGGGUCAUGGAUCGAUGUGUCCAUUUCAUGGACCGAGGUAUUUUUGCCAUCAAGGCAAGCUGA